AUGAGCAUGUUGGAAACAGACUUAUUCGGAUUUUUCGAUCGUUUCGAUAACUGGACAGAAGACGACAAUGACUUUUUCAUCAAGACAACUCUCGUCGAAAGAUGCAAAGCAGGUCUCAUCCCCGAGCGCCACUGCGAAGAGCCUGAUAAAGUUAAACUGAAAUGCGAGUUCUGCGAUGCUUGUUUCUCCGAGCCAGAUACAGAUGAUGAAAUUCUCGCCACUCAUGCGAUGAUUUCGUCCGAUUGCCCGCUCAUCGUUUCUGAAAGCGCCUUAGAACCGAUGAUCGUCGAGUUCCAGCGACAAGAGCUUCGGCUCACCUCUUUGGAGCUGCUACGAAAAACCCAAUGCCCACACUUGAGUCGUGAAUUUAUCACAAAACUCGCCGACGAAGGCUUCUACUUCGACGAGCGAAUCCAAAUGAUCAAAUGCUUCUUUUGCGUGACCACUAUUCCCGUUUCCCGCCUGACAAAAACGAAUCUAUCAGAAGUUUACUUCACGCAAUUCCACUCAAAAGCCCUCGUUCAAUGCAAACAACUACUAAACGUGAUCGGCCCCAAGAGGUUUCUCGAACUUAGAGAUAGCCGUCAAGCUCCUGCUACGACUCCUGUUGAACCAAAACCCAUCAACACAAAGCCUGCACGCCAAAGCCCAGUCGUUGAGGAGAAUCAUGCGUCUGCUUAUUACUGA